CACCUACUUUCUGUUUGAGCUACUAUAUAUAUAGGGCUUGCAUAGUUACAGCACCAUGCAGAACACGGACUCAGACACGUUCACAAUACAAAGAUGUUAGUAAGUGUUGCACGCUCCCUUCGUGGUCCAAGAUCCAUUCUAUGGAGGAGUUUCUCCACCAGUAGUUUCGUGUCUGCACAUGAUGUUUCAAGUGACCAAGUACCUUACUACUCAAAACCAAGGUACUAUGAUUCCCGUGCCAAACCACUGCCUGAUGCACCCUUUGUAUCUGAGCUGACGGCACAGCAGAAUGCUCUGAAAGUAAAGGAAGCUGCAUCCUGGACUCAGCUGACAAGAGAAGAGAAACUAGCAUUGUACCGUAUCAGCUUUGACCUAUCCUAUGCAGAGAUGAAGAAAGGAUCACCAAAUGAGUGGAAAACAAUAGUGGGAGCAAUAUUUUACUUCCUGGCCGUUUCCGGAUUGUAUCUUUGGUGGCAACGUGUAUAUGUGUACGGUCCGGUUCCUCACACCCUCUCUGAGGAAUGGAUAGCCAUGCAAACAAAGAGAAUGAUCGACAUGAGAGUCUGUCCCAUUACUGGAUUCGCUACCAACUGGGAUUAUGAAAAGAAUGAAUGGAAGAAAUAAGCUGUUUACCACCAUGAAGCACUGUUUAUAUGUUACAAUAAAUUGCAUAUACUUUACACAGAA